CAUGCCUGUCCAAGGCCAUGCAAAGCGCCCGUCCGCACCUCAGUCCGAAGGGAAACCUGCCAAACGAACCCGAGUGUCGCGGGCAUGCGACCAAUGCCGCGUUGCGCGUGAGAAGUGUGACGGCCUUCAGCCAACGUGCUCCACCUGCUCCGGAACCACGAGGAAAUGCUCUUACACAGCAAACCCCAAGAAACGAGGCAUCCAGCCAGGCUACAUCCGCGCCCUCGAGCUAGCCCUAGCCUGGCUCUUCCAGCACAAUCCAGAGAAUGAAUCCAUGCUCAAGGAAAAGCUGGCAGAGGGAGGCGCCUCGUCAUUUCUGCUCAGCCGUGAAUCAACCGAGUCGAACAAGCUCCACAGGCGAUGGCGCAGGUCGAAAUUCUACAUGGACGUGGACACACAGCUGUCUGGCGGAGAGCCCUCGAGACAUGAGCAAGCUGACGCGCUCGACCCUGCUAGCAGUGACGACGACUCGGAUACCAGAGACCCUUUGAAUGACAAGCCGGCCCGGAGCCACGGCAGUAGCGUACAGCCAACAGACGCCGCAGCAACGCCAAAUGGGCCCGUCUCUAUUCCACAGGAUAGCUGGAAACUCGUCGAAAUCUACUUUGCUAAUGUACAUUCCUGGUUACCGAUUUGCGAGAAGCAUGACACGUUGAAAUUGGCCUAUUCUUACAACCUGCAAGGCCACCCUCUCAACUCGGAGCAAUCCGGCUUGGGCUCGCGGGCCGAGCUCUGGAGCAUCCUGACAGUGGCAUCACUCUAUGACACAAACACAAACGAAUGGCUGGAUCCAACGUCAGCAAGGCCCGUGAAGCUGUACGAAACCUCCAAGUCCAUGAUACCCAGCGAAUCGGGCUGUUUCGACAUUGGACAUGUCAGGGCUCUUCUGAAUCUGGUCGUGUUCAACAUGUCCAGGAUGCUUACAGCAUCAGCCUGGCUACUCGUGGGUCAGGCAUCGCGACUUCUCGAGAGUGUGGGGCAGCAGACGCUUAUGACCAAUUCUAGGCACAAGCAUGUCUACUACGGAUGCUUCCUGCUCGACAGCAUACUGUCGUUCCAGCUCAACCGCCGCCCGCAUUUUCGAAAAAGUGAUUUGGAACAUCUUGGGCCUAUUGAUGAAGAUGGCUUGGAAGAGUGGCAGCCUUGGUCUGGGUUUGAUGACCCUUCACAUGCCGGCAGUAUGACACCGCUGCUCUCACUAAGCACGUUCAACAGCGUCAUUGAACUCGUUGAUCAACUCGUGAGCCUCCAACAACGGUCUGGACACUACAUGUACCAAGAAGAGGCUGUUCAGCGUCUUGGAAGAUGGAAAGCGAAUUUGCCUACGAAACUGGACACCUUGUUUUCCAGCAACGCCUUUCCACUCCUUGCUCCGCCGACAGUCCUGUUGCAAACAACGUACUACUGCGCUUCUUUUGCCGCCAACCCCUCGGAUUCAAGUAUGCAACGGUUACUGAAUAUAUUAGAGCAAUGCCAAAGGAGCCUUGGUGCCCACCGUCUGCCAGUACCAGUGAAAAGCCUUGUAGUUGCUAUCAGCAGGCUUGCCACCCGCGUUAAUUUGCACGAAGCGACUCGGAAUCAGCUACAAAGGAUGAAGAUGAUUAUGACAGGAGCAUCGUCUCAGCCGGAUGAUCAAGAUGUGCCACGAGGUCUUGAGAGUUCCAUACCCGUCAGAAACGCUUCGAUCAGUAUGAACCUGUCCACGUCCGAAGCGCUCCCAACAGUAGCCUCCAGUGACCACACGACUCAACCAAGAACAGAUUCUGUCAGCACCUUUUUCUCCGCGCCACACUCGACACACGCCCCGCUCAUGACCGUGCCUAGCCCUGCGCAAUCCGACCCACGAUACCCCGAACACACCAGCGACCUGGAAACCUUUUUCGACGAACUGGCGUCCCUCGACAGCGCCACGAGACUGGACAACCAGCCGCAGUUUAUGCAAAACCUUGGCUUCGAGCCAGAGGCCAGCAUGGCAGAUUUAUUCAGCGAAUACAUUCCCUUGCAGUCGUCGACGUUUCUCACGCGCGACGACAUGGCACCGCCGGGUCUUGAGCAGUACGCCUUUUACGACGCGAGCUGA